GGUCCGUGCGCGCGCCGUCGCAGUCGUCGCACUCAGUGAGAUUCAGUCCCUCUCCGCGCUUCGGUACGAGCGUUUCGGUCUCGCGAGUUGGUGUGCCGCUGCCUCCCCCCUCCUGCGCAAAGCUGCGUGCCGUCGACAAGUUCAGAGAAUUUCUAAGUGCUUCGUCUCUCCUGCCUCCGGGACUCCGGCACUCCGCAACCGACGCUACGGGAGCAUCAUGGCCGAGAGCAAGGGCGCGUUAAUCGCGAAGACAGUGCAAAAACACGCGGGCAGAGCGAAAGAAAAGUUUCUUCAGAAUCUGGGCAAGGUCGAUCGAACCGCGGACGAUAUAUUCGACGAGCACCUGCAGAACUUCACGAGGCAGCAGAACUCCGCUAACAGACUGCAAAAGGAGUUCAACAAUUACAUCAGGUGUGUUCGAGCGGUGCAGGCCGCGUCGAAGACGCUCAUGGACUCGUUGAAUGAGAUCUACGAGAGCCAGUGGACCGGGCACGAUCUGUUGUACGUACAGGCACAAAAUCUCGACAUGCUGUGGCAAGAUUUCACUCACAAGCUCGCGGACCAGGUUCUUGUACCGCUCAACACAUAUCAAAGCCAAUUCCCGGAGAUGAGGAAAAAGGUCGACAAGCGUGGGCGUAAAUUGGUGGAUUAUGACAGUCAGAGACACAACUUCCAAUCGUUGCAGUGUAAUCCAAAGAAGAGGGACGAGCUUAAAGUAUCGCGGGGGAAGGAGCUGCUGGAGGAAGCAAAACGUACAUAUGAGCAACUAAAUUCAGAGCUGCACGACGAACUACCGGCAUUAUACGACUCGCGCGUUCUUUUCCUCGUCACAAAUCUGCAAACGCUCUUUGCCGCGGAACAAGUGUUUCACACUGAAAGUGCCAAGGUAUAUUCCGAAUUAGAAGCGAUCGUCGAUAAAUUGGCUAAUGAAAGUCAGCGAGGAUCUUACACACUGAAGAAAAGCACGGAACCGCAAUCACCGAAGUCGCCUAACGCGAACUCGUCCCUAAUAAUUAAUACACAGCCAGCGCAGAACAAUAUCUCAGGAGCUUUGGACGAUACCACGCCCGCUGCGCCUAGAGAUACAUCGCCGACCACCCAGAUAAAUGGCAACGCUAACAGCAACGCUAAUAGCAACGCUAACAGCAAUGAUAAUUCUCUCAAUAAUCAAGAUGCGUCGCCGCAGAACACAGUCGCGCCUUCCAAACGAGUCGAGGAGCUGUACGAUAUUCCAGUCGACAGGUCCAUGACUAACGGGGCGGACUCGAUCGUUCUAGAAGCGGAAUAUGAAAAUGCUGCUAAUUUCUCUAUAGGGGCGACAACCGACAAUCUGCCGCCGGGCGUUUUAUACAGGGUUAAAGCCACUUACAAGUAUAGUCGCGAGGAUGUGGACGAAUUGUCGUUCGACGUCGGCGAGAUUAUUCGCGUCGUGGAGUACGACGAUCCCGAGGAGCAGGAAGAAGGCUGGUUAAUGGGUAUCAAGGAAGGCACCACUGAGAAGGGUAUGUUCCCGGCGAACUUCACGAAACCGCUGUGAGAGCUGAACUCAGUUCGCCAUUUACACUCCAAUGCUCAUCAGAGACAGCGUAUUUUACUUUAAAGUAGUUAAAGAGUCGCGUAAUUAAGUGGGAGAUAAGAGCCGUGCGGUCAUGCGAGAUAAUAUUACGCACGACGUGUAUGUAGGUAAACGUAAACGAAGAAGAGAAAGAGCAGGCGACGGGUUGCAGGAGGGAUAAGCGGGGGAGGGAGCGGGGAGAAUUCGAUAAGAUAGUUAUGCUGGAGGUACUGCGGAGAGAAUCAAUCACCCCAAAGUGCCUUAACCCAGCCACUGUCUGUGCCAACAUUCACUCUUACUCGUCAAAAAAAAAAAAAUAUUAAUAUAUAUGGGAUUGACCCUCUCAUAUCAAACAUACGAAUACACAUCAUGAAUAAUAAUCAAACGAGAUAUUUAAGCGACUAAAUAAUAUAUUGUAACACGUACACAACAAGAAACACGCGCCACACGUACACGCGUACACAACGAUUAUGCAAUAUUAUAUAAUAUAAAACGAAAUCUAUAUAUUAAAUUAAUAUUAUUUUAUGAAAUUGUACAUAGAUCUAUACAUACGAUUUAAGAGUAUUUUACGAGAUAACUUUGUGGCCACUGAAAAUUUAUUGCUAAGAGACGUAAAUCUUCAAGUUUUAAGAACACGCGCGCCACUUGAGAAAUCCUCCCCUCCCGUUCAACGGGAAGGAUGAUCGUAAAAUUUGCAAGGUCCAACUACCUGUCUGCAUUCGUAAGGUAUAUAAGGUUCUAUUUACUCGCCUAAUAUUCGAGAGUCUAGCAAUAGCUCCCAUUAAAAAUCUCGCCACAAUUUGCAUGCCAAAUUUUUCAACGACGUAAUAAUAGAUAUCGAAAAGAUGAUACGUGAGAGAAAUAAAUAUUACAAUGUAUAAAUGAGAUGAGAGUAUAGCUUCUGUGUAUUUAUGAUUGAUAGUUCUUUUCUUGUUUCUCCGCCUUUUGGAGCACCGCGACUUUCGUCAGCGAAGUCUCUUUGUGAAUUAUUUUGCGCAGGUUUUAUUCACACUUGUAUCCGAAAAUCUUAUGUACAUGUAUGUAGAAAAUCGGGUAGCGACGAGAGAGCGUUUAUUAUAAUAUUAUUUUAUUACUAUUGUUAUUAUAUAUAUUGCUAUAAUUAUUAUCGCUCCCGUAUCUAUUCACAUGUUGUCAGGAUAGAAAACGAAUACGUAACGAUCCAAUCCCGAAACUUUUUGUAGACUCGAUCAAUACUCGUUAGAUCUGCCGAAACAAUCUUGUAUUCGCAUCUUGUGUAAUAAAUAGUGUUGUAAUAAUAAUAUACAUAUAUACACGUA